AUGUCCUCCUCUGUGGAUCUCGACAUCAACGAAUUCAUGAAAUUCGAUGACCCCAGCUUAUUCGACGACAAUGUGUCGGUUAGCGAUAAUUUAGGACUUAACAUAAAUCCACACGCCGUUCCCCAACAAGUACCCGGCACAGAUGGUCAAAUGGAUGCGCUCCCUCACUACGUUGGCGACGCAGGCGUCGAACCCAACGCGUAUCCAGCAACACACAUCGCGCCCACCCCCGACCUUGUUGGGUGGCCUGAUAGUCGUACUGUUCAUUCAGUUUGUCCAGCGGAUCUGGAAGGGUUACCGCCUUCGAUGAUCACACAUCCCUGGGCCCCACCUCCUCCAGAAACUCUUGAUGAGACACACUAUUCUAUUGCACUCCGCGCGUAUUGCAUGUUAAACGAAGAUAUUCCUCCUCGUCAAACUACCGAGGGGCACACUAAAGAAACCUUCAACGUGUAUGAAUCAGAAACUGAACUAGAUCAAGCAUCGCAUAACCCUGUAGCUCACCCCGAUCGUUCUGAUGCUGUAUUGGGAGGGGCCCAAAGCGAAGAUGUACCUCCAAUUGAUAUCGAGCCUCCACUUUCCGAAGGCGGAGCGCUCGCACCCGCUGCUGCGUAUGCUACUGAUACAUGUAACGAGGACCAUGUGUCGAGCACCAUCAAUGCCACUGAAGUUACCACUGCAAACGGCAGUCACGCUCAGCACACUUGCCAGGCUUCGCACAGUGACUUUAACCAGGACGGCUUCACUUCUGCGGGCACCCCUCCUACGAACAAUGUGGCAGGACCUGCGUCCCAGGAAGACAUCUCCUUCAAUUAUGAUUAUUCUGCCACUCAGCACGCUUGCCAAACUUCGUACAGUGACUUUGACCAGGACGGCUACACCUCUGCAGGUACCCCUCCUACGAACAAUGUGGCAGGACCUGUACUCCAUAAUGACAUCUCCUUCAACUAUUCUGCCGCUCAGCACGCUUGCCAGGCUUUGUACAGUGACGUUGACCAGGACAGCUUCACCUCUGCAGGUACCCCUCCGACGAGCAAUGUGGCAGGACCUGCGCCUCAGGAAGACAUCUCCUUCAACUAUUCUGCCGCUCAGCACGCUUUCCAGGCUUCGUACAGUGACGUUGACCAGGACGGCUACACCUCUGCGGGUACCCCUCCCACGAGCAAUGUGGCAGGACCUGUACUCUAUAAUGACAUCUCCUUCAACUAUUCUGCCGCUCAGCACGCUUGCCAAACUUCGUACAGUGACGUUGACCAGGACGGCUACACCUCUGCGGGUACCCCUCCUAUGAACAAUGUGGCAGGACCUGUACUCCAUAAUGACAUCUCCUUCAACUAUUCUGCCGCUCAGCACGCUUGCCAGGCUUCGUACAGUGACGUUGACCAGGACGGCUACACCUCUGCAGGUACCCCUCCUACGAACAAUGUGGCAGGACCUGUACUCCAUAAUGACAUCUCCUUCAACUAUUCUGCCGCUCAGCACGCUUUCCAGGCUUCGUACAGUGACGUUGACCAGGACAGCUUCACCUCUGCAGGUACCCCUCCGACGAGCAAUGUGGCAGGACCUGCGCCUCAGGAAGACAUCUCCUUCAAUUAUAAUUAUUCUGCCGCUCAGCACGCUUGCCAGGCUUCGUAUAGUGACGUUGACCAGGACGGCUACACCUCUGCAGGUACCCCUCCUACGAACAAUGUGGCAGGACCUGUACUCUAUAAUGACAUCUCCUUCAACUAUUCUGCCGCUCAGCACGCUUGCCAGGCUUCGUACAGUGACUUUGACCAGGACGCCUACACCUCUGCGGGUACCCCUCCGACGAGCAAUGUGGCAGGACCUGCGCCCCAGGAAGACAUUUCCUUCAAUUAUUCUGCUCAGCACGCUUUCCAGUCUGCGUACAGCGCCUUUAACCAGAACGGUUUCACUUCUGCGGGUACCCCUCCGACGAGCAAUGUGGCAGGACCUGCGCCCCAGGAAGACGUCUCCUUCAAUUAUCCUACCACUCAGCACGCUUUCCAGUCUGCGUACAGCGCCUUUAACCAGAACGGCUUCACUUCUGCGGGUACCCCUCCCACGAGCAAUAUGGCAGGACCUAUGCUCCAACAAGGCAUCCCGCCCGAUUUUUCUGCCGCUCAGCACGCUUUCCAGGCUGCGUACAGCGCCUUUAACCAGAACGGCUUCACUUCUGCGGGCGCCCCUCCCACGAGCAAUAUGGCAGAACCUAUGCUCCAGCAAGGCAUUCCCCCCAACUUUUCUGCCCCUCAGCUUCAGCCUACACAGGGUGUUCGGUUCAAACAUUGGCAGGCCCCAGCCCCCUCCACGGGCGCUGCCACCAAUAACGCCCCGACGAUGCAGCCCGUUGCCUCCACUUCUUCCACCCCGCCUGCCGUCAACCCCGCUCCCCCCGCCAGCACUUCCAGCCUCACCAGCCCCACGUUCGUCUGCGGCUGGGGCCCCGUGCCCUGCGGCCGGUCGAUCCGCAAAAGCAACGUCAAAGCGCAUCUCACGAGGUAUCACGGUAUGAAAAGCAAGCUGCAGGAUAUGGUGUCUUGUCAGUGGGAGGGGUGUAGCGAGGAGUUGCUGCUCGCCAAUAUCAGCCGACACUUUGCUACGACGCACUUUCCCAUUUGUUUGGCUUGUUCGGAGUGUGGUCAGCAGUAUACGAGGCUCGAUGCGGUGAGGAGGCAUAUUGUGCGCAACCCGUCGACUUGCAAGGGUGCGAGACCGAUCCGGAUUAGACGACAGGAGUGA